AUGUUCACACAGUCCUCUCAGCUGUUGUGUUGUGUGUCCCCUCUCGGGUGUCUGUGUGACUCCUCGGGCAGCGUCUCCUCUUACGAGUUCUCGAAGGUGCGUGAGUUCCUGGGGUCCCUGCUGCGCCCCUUCUCCAUCGGGCCAGAGGAGGUGCAGGUCAGCGUGUUGCAGGUCAGCACCCAGCCCACCCCGGAGUUUGGCUUCUCUGCGCACAGUUCCGGUGAGUCCCUACAGGGGGCGCUGGCAGGCAUGAGGCAGCUGCAUGGAGACACCAACACGGGCGCGGCGCUGGGAUGGGCGCGGGAGCGUGCGUUCGGUCCCGGGACGGGGGCCCGUGAGGGCGUGCCGCGGGUGCUCGUCUGGGUCACUGACGGCGUGUCUUCAGACUCUGUGCUCCAGCCAAUGAGGGAGCUGCGAGAGGAGGGCGUGGCCGUGCUGAUCGUCUCCACGGGACACGGGAACUACCCCGAGCUCUCGGCUGCAGCGUCGCCCCCCACAGACCGGCACCUUCACUUCGUGGACGUGGACGCCUUCGACGUGAUCACCGAGGAGCUGAGAGGAGCCAUCAUCGAUAUAAUCCGUGCUCAGCGCUUGUCCGCAGUGGAAGUGACCUCUCACAGCGCCCGGCUGCUCUGGCCCGCUCUGCUGUCCACUGGUUCUGGGUUCUAUGUGCUGCGGUUCGGCCCGUCCCAGCUGGACCCGGCUCAGCACCGGAGCGUGACCCUGCCUGGCUCCGCCCACAGCGCUCCCCUGACUGGCCUGCGCCCCCAAACCAGCUACACAGCGACGCUGACCCCCGAGUCUAACCUGCAGUACACUGCACCCCUCACUGUGCACUUCAGCACCCUGCCAGAGGAGCCCCUCAGCCCGGCUCGAAUCCUGAUCUCAGACUCCUGCCCCACCAGCGUGCGAGUGAGCUGGGGUCCAGUGCUGCCCGACUUGGUGGAUGAGUUCCAGGUUCUGUUCGGCCCGCUGCCCAGUGGAGAGGCCCGCUCCAUCACGGUGAGCCGGAACCAGAACUCCACACUGCUGCAGAACCUGCAGCCCAACACCACCUACCUGGUUACAGUGACUGCGCAGUACCGCUCAGGCAGGCAGAGGGCGCUGUCAGCCAAGGCCUGCACUCUGGAGGCAGCCACCCUGCCACAGGGCAAUGCUUCCUGACAGGACAGAAUAUCACAAGGAGAGAGAGAAGGGGAGAGGGGCAACCCAGGACAUGACCCUGAAGACACAGAGACAAGGACCAGGGGAACACUAACCUCCCAGAGACUGUAUACUCCUUUCCAGCUAUCCUGAACUGGGAUUCAAACCAGCAGCCUUUCUCUAACCACUGAGCUAUUCAAACCCACUGCCUUCCACGCUGCAGCAGAGCACUUUCUCUAACCACUGAGCUCC